AUGGCGUCUGAGGAAGUGAGGCUGAAGAAGGAAAAGAAGGAGAAGAAGGAGAAGAAAGAGAAGAAGGAGAAGAAGGAGAAGAAAGAAAAGAAGAAAGAUGAUGUGAUGACGGAAGACCUGGUUGGCGAUGUCUCGAUGGCUGAGCCUGUCGAUGACGAUGCUGAAGUCGACCCGUCGACGCUGAACGUUAUCGCCUGCCCUCUUGCUACGCCUCCUUUUACUAAGAAGGUGUUCAAGACAAUUAAGAAGGCGUCCAAGUCCCGUGGCCAUGUGAAGCGCGGUGUGAAGGAAGUCGUCAAGGGCCUCCGUAAGGGCGAGAAAGGUCUUGUCAUUCUUGCUGGUGAUAUCUCUCCUAUGGACAUUAUCUCCCACAUUCCUGUUCUUUGCGAAGACACAGGUAACCCAUAUGUCUUUGUUGCCUCGAAGGACCAGCUCGGCAAUGCGUCGAGCACCAAGCGCCCCACGAGUUGUGUCAUGAUUGUGCCUGGCGGUGGUAAGAAGGCCAUCGAAAAGGGUGAGACGAAGGUGAAGGAGGACUACCAAGAGGAGUACUCGUCGCUGCACAAGGAGGCUACGCGGCUCGUUGAGCAACUUCUUAUGAGUUGA